AUUGGAACGUUGCGCGUGCGCCCUGAACAAUAAAUAUCGCGCCGCUUUGCAUCGGUUUUCGUCGUCUUUGGUUUCGAUUUCGUUGUUCAACAAAUAUGGUUCUUUAGGUUUGGAAUCAAACAGGAAUACGAGACAACAAAAGGAAAGUGUCAAACCAAAAAAAUAAUAAUGUGGAUUCCCAGCGGAAGAUGGAGCUUUUGGCUUCUGCCUCUGGCAUUUGCUGCCUGCCUGGUGCCAUUUAGCCAGGCGGCAGGACCUGCCGGUCCCAUGCCAGACAAUGGCAAGAGGAGCAGUCGAGGCGGCAACAGCAGCAGCAGCCCAUUGGGCGACUCGCAGCUCAGCGCCUCGGAGCGCAGUCGUCGCCUGAUACCCUACAUGGCCUUCUAUCUGCCGGCACCAGAGCUGCCCAUCAAUCAGCAGUAUGCCGCCAAGCAUUCGGCGUCCGCUGGCGGGGCACAGCUGCAGGCGCCCUCAGUUGGACGUAUACCCGUGCCGCUGGCCUACAUGCCACAGCCGCAUCAUCAGCAGCAGCAACAACAACAGAAGCAGCAUCUGCUGCAUCAUGCACAUCCCCACCAGCAUCCCCAUCAUCACCAUGCGGCGUCGCACUAUCAGUCGGGCGCAGGCGAGGUGUAUCAUGCCCUGGCCAUAGGCAGCAGCCAUCAGCAUCCGCACCCGCACCCGCAUCCACAUGCUCCUCAUCCGCCACCUGGCCAGGGCAAGGAGCUGACAGAUUCGGGCGCCACUUUUAUAGCCUACAAGCCAUUGAACCCAACGCACAAGCACAAGACGGUGCAGCACUUUCCCCCAUUGCCAGCACAGAAGGAGCAGCAGCAGCAGCAGGGCUAUCCGCCACAGCAGCAGCAGCAGCAGCAGCCACAGUACGAGUUGCUAUCGCCUGGUUUGGUGGCAUCGUCACAGCAGCAGCAAUACCAUCAUCGACAGCGGGCCAAACAAUCAAAAAUCAAUUUAACACCGUUUACAGCGCAGAACACAUUGCCGGGACAGUUUGUACCCAUUAUUUAUACGCCAGUGAGCGCCGCCAACAACAACAACAAUGACCAGCAGCAGCAGCAGCAUAAUGGCAAUACCAUCAAUUACAACAACAAGCCAGAAAUUGUCUACGAAGAUGCAACGCCACAUAAAAACUCCCAUCAAACACAAAUCGUUACGGAUUAUGCAGCAUCAGCAGUUGCCUCAGCGGAGCAGCAAUCUUCCGAGGAGCAGCAACAGCAGCAGCAACAUGAAGAGCCCGUGGAGGAGCAGCAGCAGCAGCAGCAGCCAACACCAAGUUCCCCAGCACCGCCACAAUUCAUAGACUACCUGAUAGACGGGCCCAGGCAAUCCUUGGACGAGGAGCAGCAGCAGCAGCAGCAUCCACAUGAACCGUCCCAGGCAGCGCCGCCUCAUCUGCAGCAUGCCUACAUCCUGGUGACCACAACGGCACCGCAUACGGAUCACCAGGCGGCGGCUGGACCGAACCUUCAGCUGCAUCCCGAUAUAUCCACGCCGCGACCGGCGGUGCUCUACAAGCAGCAGCCAACGCUGCGGCUGCAGCCCGUGCACACCUACAAGGCCACCCGGCGACCCAUCUACGUGACCACGCCCUCGCCCACGCCCAGUCACACGGUGGAGAUCACGCCCAAGUAUGUGUAUGCGCCCAAGGCGGCGGCGGCGGCACCUCCUCCGCCCAGCCGAGAGCCUUCCACGGUGACGCCCAUCAAGCUGAAGCCCGUCUACAAGUACGCCCACGAGCGUCCACCACUGACGCCUGCUGUUCAGGGACACCCCGCCGUCUAUGAUGACCAGCUGCCGGACAUACGCACCUCGUCGCUGGCAGAGAUCCUGCACAAGCUGCAGGCCAGCAACCACCUGCCACAGACACUGACACCGGACAACAUUGACAACUCGAUCAAGACGCUGAUUCGCAUACUGCAGAACCUCAAGCAGACCCAGACCAUUGCCUCCAAUCCGCCGCAGCAUCACGACGAGACGAAGCACAGCAGUGCCUCCCACGAGGACUACGACUACAACACGGACAGCGGCGAGGAUCACGCACCAGCCGCAGAAACGGACAAGGGACCAAAUAAACAUCCUGGUCCGAGCACUGGACGGCCUGGCAUCGAUUAUCCCAACUAUGCGGUGAUCCCACAGACCAGCUUCGAGUGCACCAAUCAACGCUACAAGGGAUUCUUCGGCGAUCCAGAGACCAAUUGCCAGGUGUGGCACUACUGCGAUCUCAACGGGGGCAAGGCCUCCUUUCUGUGUCCCAAUGGCACCAUUUUCAGUCAGAUUGCUCUCACCUGCGACUGGUGGUUCAAUGUGAAAUGCUCGACCACGGCACAGCUGUAUGUGCUGAACGAGCGCCUCUACAAGUACAUACUGCCCUUCAAUCCGAAAUUCCCCGAGGACUACAAUGGACCCAUUGUGGACAAAUAUUUGGCCAUGAAGUUCCAGGAAAUGGAGGAGAAGAUGCGACAGGAGAAGCAGCGCAAGACAACCACGCAGCAGGCAGAGAAGCCCGUGGAGGCCCCAUCCACGCCCGCCCUGCCCAAGAACCACAAGCCAUCGCCCAAGCAUGGCAGCGGCAUCAAUGCCCAGGUGUACGAGCAGAGCUCCGAGCGGAAUCUGCUGAUUGAUGACGAGAUCGAUGACAUCUCGGAGCGCGGCUCCUUCGAUACCUUCGACCAGUCGCCCACCACUGUGAUGUCCCCCACCAGCACUCAGGAUGCGCAGCAAUCGUUUGUGCUCAGGCCCAUUGUUGUGUCGUCCACGCCGCAGCCAGAGGCCGAUUUUGAUGUGGAGCCGACGGCCCUGGAGAGCAGCGAGCACCAGGAACAGGAGGACAAGCUGCAGAGUCUGCGCGACACUAAGGCGGCGGAACAGAAGCAGGGUACCACCAGAGUGAGCGUGGAGAAGCUGGAGGUGAUUGAGAUCAAAACGGAUGGCGACACGGGCCAGCUGAUGCCCAUCAAGGAGCCCGCUGAAUGAGCGCAUCGACUGGGUGGGCAGGGGGGUAGGGGAGUAGCGCAAGAGCUUGCCAUAUUUGUAAUGAGAAUGUUGUAUGUUGUGUAUGCCUUAAAUUAUUCUUAGCGAGCAAGUACUGUAAAUAGCUAGCCGUAAACGUAUGUAUGUAUGCCACACGCUGUAUGCAUAUGCCGAUGCAGACAGACCUAUAGCAAUAGUGAACUGAAAUAAAAUCUGACUAGUGAGU